AUGUUGACGAUGAAACAUGAUCUUGGAAGGCAUAGGAAGCUCAUGACCAGCAACAAAAAAGCCUCUGAGAGUGAUAAAGAUAGCACUUCGGGGUCUGUAGGAAAUGGGACUUCUAACGCCGGAACUGUCACCGGAAAUGGGGAUGCUGGUGUCUCUGCUCUGGCAACAGGUAUGCCAGGUAGCUCUGUUGGUGGAGACCCCGAUUCUGAAACGGCAUUCAUGGCGUUCGCCAUUAUUUUCAACAAAUUAAAGAACCCAAGCGCUCAGGAGCGCGCAGCGGCUUCUUUUGAACUCAAGAACAAUUUGAUAGCACUUGCACGCCAAGUAUCUACAGAGCAUUUCCAGCGAUUUAGCAAUGAUAUCAAUAAUAAGAUAUUCGAGCUCAUCCACGGCUCAUCUUCGAGUGAGAAAUAUGGUGGUAUUCUCGCAGUCGACACACUUAUUGAUUUUUACGCUCAAUCAGAUGAGCUUCCCAAUCAAACCUCAAGGCUUGCCAAUUACCUCCGAGUUCUGGUUCCCUCUAAUGACGUGGACGUGAUGCGAGCAGCUGCAAAGACCUUAGGCAAAUUGGCGGUUCCUGGUGGUACAUUAACUUCCGACUUUGUUGAAUUCGAAGUUAAAUCAUGCAUCGAGUGGCUCACAACUUCUCCUGAAAAUUCAUCAUCUAAUUCUAAACAAGAGCUUCGUAAGCACGCGUCGUUGCUCAUCAUUACAGCUAUUGCUGAUAACUCGCCGUAUUUGCUUUACCCGUACAUUAACUCUAUUUUGGAUAACAUUUGGAGGGUUUUGAGGGAUACAAGGCUUGCAAUUCGCGUCGACGCCGCAAAUGCCUUGUAUAAAUGCAUGUACAUCUUAAAAGAGCGGGAUUCAAAACUAACGAAAAAGUGGUUCCAAAGGCUACUUGAGGGCUGUUCCUACGGUUUCCAACUGAACAGUAGUGAAGCUAUACAUGCUGCUUUGCUAGUUUACAGGCAGCUACUUUCCCUGAAAGGGUCUCACUUACAGGAACAAUUUGACGAGAUUUAUGAGAUGACGAUGCGAUACAAAGAUCACAAAUCAAGCGUUAUCAGAAAUGAGGUUUAUGCCAUUUUGCCACUCUUGGCUGCUGCAGAUUCUCACCUCUUCACUGAAAAAUACUUGGAUCACAUAAUGAUCCAUUACCUAACCCUAAUAAAGAAUGCAACACCAACUAAUAGCUCUGAUAAGGCAGCGAUCUCGGUUUCUAUCGGAGAUUUGGCACAAGAGGUGGGGUCGAACAUCUCACCGUACAUGGACUCAAUUUUGGAUAACGUACGGGAUGUUUUGAUGACCAAGUAUAAGCAAAGAAAAGAAUUUGAAGCGGAGGUAUUCUAUUGCGUAGCCAAGCUGGCGUGCGCCGUGGGCCCUGCCCUGUCCAAAUAUUUGAGUCAAGAUCUUCUUGACCUCAUGCUGGCGUGCCCUCUUUCCAAUCACAUGCAAACUACCCUUUCAACGAUUGUAGAGGAAGUUCCAGCACUCGCCCCAACGAUCAAUGACAAGAUUCUUGACGUUUUAUGCUUUACAUUAUCAGGAGAAAUGUUUAGACCACCUGGAUCACCUACACCUUUGAAACCCUUCGAUACAGAAAAGGCCAGGAACUUCAGAGAUCAAAUUCUUCUCAGAAAGACAGGGGAACUCAAUGACGAUAAUACCGACGUCCACAUCCUUGAUCAGGCAUUAAACAUGUUACACAAGAUAGAAUACCGAUACUCACUUGCUGAAUUUGUAAGACUAAUCACCAUUUCUUACAUUGAGCACUCAAACCCCCAAGUAAGAAAACUUGCUGCUUUAACCUCAUGCGAUCUGUUUGUGAAAGACAGCAUUUGCAAGCAGACAUCACUUCGAGCUCUCAACACUGUGUCUGAAGUCUUGAGCAAACUGGUCACGGUAGCGAUUACGGAUCCCGUUGUUGAGAUCAGAUUCGAAGUCUUGAGGCACUUAGACACAAACUUCGAUCCGCAGCUGUCUCAACCGGACAAUGUACGCUUACUGUUUAUGGCACUCAACGAUGAAGUGUUUGCCAUACAAAUGGAGGCUAUGAAAAUAAUCGGCAGACUUUCAGUGGUCAACCCAGCGUACGUUAUACCUUCCUUAAGAAAGACUUUGCUACAGUUAUUAAGCCAACUGGGUUAUUCUAACUUGUCUCGCAAAAAGGAGGAAAGUGCCGCGCUGAUUAGCGCCCUGAUAAGCUCUGGUCAGGAUGUGGCGAAACCUUACAUCGAGCCAAUUCUCGAUGUUUUGUUGCCCAAAUGCCAAGAUUCUUCUUCAGCAGUUGCCUCUACUGCUUUGAGGGCCAUUGGUGAGCUGUCUGUCGUUGGUGGCGAAGAGCUGACAUUAUUUUUGGACCAGUUAAUGCCUUUGAUUAUUAGCACCUUCCAAGACCAAUCAAAUUCUUUCAAGAGAAAUGCGGCUUUGAAAACUCUGGGACAGCUUGCAGCUUCCUCUGGGUAUGUGAUUGAACCUUUGCUCAAUUACCCUGAGCUUUUGGCGGUUUUAAUUAAUAUCCUUAAAUCAGAAAGCUCUCAAAAUAUAAGGCGAGAAACUGUUCGCCUAAUAGGAAUCUUGGGUGCAUUGGAUCCAUAUAAGCAUCGGGAGGUUGAGAGGACCUCGAAUGCACGCGCGUCAGCGGAGCAAAAUGCUCCGCCUAUAGACGUAGGUUUAUUGAUGCAAGGAAUGUCUCCCUCAAACGAGGAAUACUAUCCCACCGUUGUUAUAGCCACACUUAUGAAAAUUCUGAAAGAUCCCUCGUUAUCUUCCCAUCACACAUCUGUAAUUCAAGCAGUGAUGCAUAUAUUUCAAACAUUAGGUGUUCGAUGUGUGUCAUUUCUAAAGCAAAUUAUCCCUGGAAUUUUAACGGUUAUGAGAACAUGCCCUCCCUCCCUUCUUGAAUUUUAUUUUCAACAACUGGGUAUAUUGGUUUCAAUUGUCAACCAACAUAUCCGCCCCUUUGUCGGAGAGAUUUUCGAGAUAAUUAAAGAGUUUUUUCCUAUUGUAAAACUACAGAUCACGAUUAUAUCGGUCAUUGAAUCGAUAUCCAGAUCUUUGAAAGGAGAGUUCAACCUAUUCCUCCCUCCAACAUUGGUUUUGUUUCUGGACGUGUUAGAAAAAGAUAAGUCUCAUAAGAAGGUUGUUUCCGUGAGAAUUUUGAAAUCUUUGGUUGUUUUUGAUGCAAACCUGGACGAAUAUGCUCAUCUCAUUAUUCCCGCCGUUGUGCGAAUUUCUGAGUUUGGUUCAGGCCCUCUGAACAAAGUAGCUAUUAUCACUCUUGGCCGACUCGCCAAAACAGUCAAUUUGUCAGAAAUGUCCUCCAGAAUAGUUCAGGCUUUGAUCCGCGUCCUUAACAAUGGCAGCGUUGAUUUCAUAAGAGCCACGAUGAAUACACUCAGUCUUCUGCUUUUGCAACUUGGCGUGGAUUUUGCUGUCUUUAUACCAAUAAUUAACAAGACGUUGGUGAGAAACCAAAUUCAGCACACUGUCUAUGAUCAAUUAGUCAACAAGCUUCUCAAUACUGAACCCCUCCCAACGAACGUGAUAGUUGACCGCGACUUUGAUGUUGCAAGCAAUGAGGUUGCUGACGUUGAGCUUCCCUCCAAGAAGCUUCCUGUUAAUCAGCUCAUUUUGAAAAACGCUUGGGAUUGCAGCCAGCAAAGAACUAAAGAAGAUUGGCAAGAGUGGAUACGCCGUUUAGCUGUUCAAUUGCUAAAGGAAUCGCCUUCUCAUGCUCUAAGAGCAUGUUCCGGUCUUGCUGGAAUAUAUUACCCUCUGGCUAGGGAGCUUUUCAAUGCCUCCUUUGCCAGCUGCUGGACAGAGCUUUAUACUCAAUAUCAAGAGGACUUUGUCAAUUCCUUGUGCUUGGCGCUAUCUUCCCCAAAUAACCCACCUGAGAUACACCAAACACUGUUGAAUCUAAUUGAAUUCAUGGAGCACGAUGACAAACCCCUUCCUAUCCCUGUUCCAAUUCUCGGAGAGUACGCUCAAAAAUGCCACGCGUACGCCAAAUCGCUGCACUAUAAGGAACUGGCCUUCAUUCAGGAACCCAAUACAUCAACAAUCGAGUCCCUGAUUAGUAUCAACAAUCAAUUGCAUCAGACCGAUGCUGCAAUAGGGAUACUAAAACAUGCACAGCAACAUCAUGAUCUCCAGCUCAAAGAGACUUGGUACGAAAAGCUACAGCGUUGGGAAGAUGCUCUGAGCGCUUACAACCAGCGCGAAUUGGCUGGAGAAGACUCGAUCGAAGUCAGACUGGGUAAGAUGAGGUCCCUUCAUGCUUUGGGAGAAUGGGAUCGUCUUUCUGAGAUUGCGGCUGAGAAGUGGAGCACCUCUGAUAUCGAUAUGAAAAGGGUUAUAGCCCCUCUAGCAGCAGGCGCAGCCUGGGGUCUUGGUCAGUGGGAUCGUAUUGAUCAAUAUAUUGAUGCUAUGAAGCGUCAAUCCCCAGAUAAAGCAUUUUUCGAGGCAAUUUCUUGCACCCACAGAAACGACUUUGAACAAGCCGAGAGGCACAUUUUUGAGGCUAGAGAUCUGCUCGUGACAGAAAUAUCAGCUUUGGUUAAUGAAAGCUACAACAGAGCCUACAGUGUAAUUGUUCGUUCGCAAAUGAUUUCCGAAUUGGAGGAGAUAAUUGAAUACAAGAAACUCCCUCCCGCUUCGGACAAGCGCGCAGCCCUAAGAAAAACGUGGAAUAAGAGAUUGCUUGGAUGUCAAAAGAAUGUUGAUGUGUGGCAGAGAAUUUUAAGGGUCCGUUCGCUUGUCGUUAAACCUAAGCAAGACAUGCAGAUUUGGAUAAAGUUCGCCAACCUUUGUCGCAAGUCAGGUAGAAUGGGUCUCGCUCAAAAAGCCCUUAACUCGCUUCUGGAAGAUGGCGGAGACCCAGAUCACCCCAACACCGCAAGAGCCCCUCCUCCAGUUGUUUAUGCACAAUUAAAAUACAUGUGGGCAACUGGUUCACAGAAAGAAGCUCUACGACAUUUAAUAAGCUUCACUUCAAGAGUUGCUCACGACUUAGGUCUUGAUCCAAGCAACAUGAUCGCCCGCAGUGUACCCCAGAGCAACACGAUCCCAGCUCACCAUAUUGACGAAUAUACAAAACUUCUAGCCCGUUGCUUCUUGAAGCAAGGUGAGUGGAGGGUGUCUUUACAGAGCAACUGGCUAUUGGAAAACCCCGACGCCAUUCUGGGCUCCUAUUUGUUGGCCACGCAUUUCGACAAUAAGUGGUAUAAAGCUUGGCAUAAUUGGGCUCUUGCCAAUUUUGAUGUCAUAUCCAUCAACUCAAGUGAUGAUAAGUUAAAAAGUCAAGCGACUCUCAACGAUAGUGGGCUCGAAGAAUCGGAACAUUCAGUCACCAACGAUAAUACUAAUAUCAAUAGUUACCCCCCAGAGUUGGUGCUGAGACAUGUAGUACCGGCCAUCAAAGGGUUUUUCCAUUCUAUUCUACACUCAGAGUCCAAUUCACUCCAGGAUACUCUGAGGCUUCUUACUUUGUGGUUCAAGUUCGGUGGAGCUCCAGAGGCUGCUCAAGCCAUGCAUGAGGGUUUCAAUUUGAUAAAGAUUGACAACUGGCUUGAUGUUGUUCCUCAAUUAAUCACUCGAAUUCACCAACCGAAUCACACAGUUAGUAGAUCACUAUUAUCUCUGCUUUCUGACCUGGGUAAAGCACAUCCCCAGGCUUUAGUGUACCCUCUCACAGUGGCCAUCAAAUCUGAAUCGGUAUCCCGACAGAAAGCCGCUUUAUCGAUAAUCGCGAAAAUGCGAAUCCACAGUUCUGUUCUGGUCGAUCAAGCUGAAAUUGUUAGCAACGAAUUGAUUCGGGUAGCAGUCCUAUGGCAUGAGCUGUGGUACGAAGGCCUGGAAGAUGCUAGCAGACAGUUCAUAGGGGAGCACAACACCGAGAAGAUGUUUGCUACAUUGGAGCCUUUGCAUGAAAUGUUGAAGAAGGGUCCGUCGACAUUACGAGAGAUAUCAUUCCAAAAUUCCUUUGGAAGGGAUCUGAAUGACGCUUACGAAUGGGUACUGAACUACAAACGCAGCAAAGACAUCACCAAUUUAAACCAAGCUUGGGAUAUCUAUUACAAUGUUUUCCGCCGUAUUAGCCGUCAACUACCUCAGCUACAGACGCUGGAGCUACAACAUGUGUCACCAAGAUUGCUGGCGGCACAUGACUUGAAACUCGCAGUUGCUGGUACCUACCAAGCGGGUAAGCCAGUGGUUCGUAUCUCAUACUUCGAACCUGUGUUCCAUGUAAUAUCUUCAAAACAGAGGCCACGGCAGUUGUCUGUUAAGGGUAGCGAUGGUAAAGACUACCAAUAUUUGUUGAAAGGACAUGAGGAUAUUAGACAAGAUAACUUGGUUAUGCAACUUUUCGGUCUUGUUAAUACUUUGCUACAAAAUGACGCGGAGUGCUUCCAGCGGCAUUUAGAUAUUCGAAGAUACCCUACAAUUCCACUAUCACCAAAAUCCGGUCUUUUGGGCUGGGUAAACAAUAGUGAUACAUUCCAUGUUUUGAUUAGGGAGCAUCGUGAGGCUAGAAAAAUACCGCUCAACAUUGAACACAGAAUUAUGCUGCAAAUGGCACCUGAUUACGAUAACCUAACCCUUCUUCAAAAAAUAGAAGUUUUCACUUACGCGCUAGAUAACACACGAGGACAGGAUCUUUACAAAGUUUUGUGGCUAAAGAGUAGAUCGUCAGAGUCUUGGUUAGAGCGCCGGACUACCUACACGAGGUCUCUUGCAGUGAUGUCCAUGGUGGGAUAUAUUUUGGGUCUGGGUGACAGACAUCCAAGCAAUAUCAUGCUGGAUAGAAUCACUGGUAAAAUCGUCCACGUCGAUUUUGGGGAUUGCUUUGAAGCUGCAAUCCUAAGAGAAAAGUAUCCAGAGAAGGUUCCUUUUAGGCUAACGAGAAUGCUGACUUAUGCUAUGGAGGUAAGUGGUAUUGAAGGAAGUUUCCGCAUAACUUGCGAGAAUGUGAUGAGAGUUCUCAGAGACAAUAAAGAAUCCCUGAUGGCCAUACUAGAGGCGUUUGCUUAUGAUCCCCUUAUUAACUGGGGAUUUGACCUGCCCACCCAGGCCAUCGCCGAACAGACGGGUACGGAGCUGCCAUUAGUAAAUCCUAGCGAACUGCUACGAAAAGGCACGAUUUCAGUCGAGGAGGCUGCAAAAAUGGAGAUUCGACAAAAGGUCGAAAUAAGAAAUGCCAGAGCAAUGCUGGUGCUGCGGAGGAUCACCGACAAAGUUACAGGCAAUGAUUUUCCUCGGUUCCAAGGAUUGGAUGUCCCCGAUCAAGUCGAGAAGCUCAUUCAACAAGCCACAUCCGUGGAAAACCUAUGCCAGCACUACAUUGGCUGGUGCUCGUUCUGGUGA